AUGACAUAGCUGUCGAUCUUUUCAAAGUCAAUUGGCCAGUACACCGAACUAUAUAUUUGCAUCAGUCAUUCAUACAAAAUUUCUUAAAGUGGGUUUUACAAAUACCUUAGUAUUUAUUUAAAAAAUCUCCUAUCUGGUGAUAUAAGGAAGUAGCAGGAGAAGUUAUAAUUUGGAGAGCAUCAAAAAAACUAUUAAAAAAGAGUAAUCUACAGAUUUCUCACUAGGAUUUUGAAUGAGACAAAAGUUGAUUAGAAUGGUAGUCUCAGAACUCAAAAUAAAGUCAGCCAAUAAAAUAGUUUUCUAUCGCAGUCAUUCCUUGGAAAAUAUUCAGUUCAUAAUUCUGCUGGGUUUAAGAAAAAGAAUAAAGCUAGCCAAGGAAACAAGCUGAAUAUCAAGCCUGCUAAUAACUAAAUGGAAUCAACAAUCCUUAAUGUCAUCUCAAAAGUAAGAAUAAAAUUAGGGAAAACACAUCCCUUAUUCAGAAUUGUUAUAAUCUUCCUUCUUUUUUUUUUUGUUGAUACAAGUGUAUUGGCAUUUAUUGCAUUUCAAACUAUCUCCACAGCAAACAGAAGCAAGGAUUGUAGCACGAUAUACCAAAGAAUUUAAUAAAAAAAAUAUUUAGUCAAAACUAAAGGGGUAAUAUAAGUAGUUCAAGGGAAAUAAUUAAAAGAAUCCAAACUAAAAUCUUCCCAAAAUUUAAAAUUAUACUCUAUACAUUUAAAGAAUAAAGAAAGAAAUAAUCACUUUAUUCCUCUAUUGUUAAUCAUUAGUCAUUUCAUUUUCAAUCAUUUUUCCCCAUUUUUUUAAUAUAAAUAAUAAAAAAACUAAUAGCAAUUCAAUAUUUUUAAAAAAAAGGUUAUGGAUUACAUUAAUUAUGAAAAAGAAGAACUAUUUGAGAUUUUUGUGUAAGUUGAAAACGUUGAUGAAUCAGUAUUCAGUGAAAUGAUAAAAAUUUUUAGGAAAGAAAACAUAUCAGAUAGCCUAAAAUAUCUUUCAAUAGAUGAGAAUCAAAAACAUCUUGAAUAAUGCAUUUUAAAAAUAAAAAAUUUAGAAUUUUAUGAAUAGGAAUAGCUUAAUUUUGUAAAAAAUAGCAUUAAGAGAAUUAUUAAUAUUCUUUAAUUAAUUAAAGUUCAUGACUUUAAUAAUAUUAAUUAUUCAUCUAAAAAAUAUUUUGAAAAUAAACAAAAUAUAAUAAAGAAAAUUGCUGAGAUAAAGAAAAUUAUUUAAUUUUUAAAAUUUUUAGUUUUUCUCACAGCUAUUGAUACUUAAUUCAUUGAUUGGGAUCAAAUUCACUUCACUUAUUAGUUGAAAUGA